UUUCGGUUUGAUAUUGAACUGUUCAGUUCGGUUUUCGGUUUAUAUUUAUCGAUUUAUAAACGGAUCGGUCCGUAAUGGUUCGGUUCGGUAACGGGCGGUUUCACGGUUCGGUCUGAAAAGUCCCACCCCUAAUCCAGACCAUAAGUUUUUGACAAAUUAUCCGGUCCUCAACUGUCUCGACGCUUGAGCUCAAACUCAAAUACUGACGCUCUCAAACCCUAAUUUUUCAGAUAAUUCAACCUUAAAUUCCGAUUUUGCUCAAUUAUCUUCUUCACUAAACUCCCGUCAUCCUCUCUGAUUCAGAUUGGUUCUUAGUCAGAACGUUUGAUAGCAAAGGGAAAAUGCCUACAGAGAAAAGUCCCAACAAACUUAAAUCAGAAGUUGUUGAUAAGGAUCUAGAUAUAGAUAAAAAUCACAGGCAUCGGCGUCAAGAUGCUUUACUGCUUGAAAUUUCACCGGCUUCUGAAUCCAAGCAGGAUGUCAAAGAUGCAAGUUCCAUGUUGGAGAGCAAGACUAAUGGAAUAAGUGAAAGAACCAUUCAGUCUAAUCCACCAGCAGUCUCCCGUGGAUCUUAUCGUCAGCAUGAUGACCGCCGAACUGCCGCCCGAGAUGGCAGCCGCUCUGGACGCAGAUCAACAUCUGAACGUGGAUGGUGGAGCGAUUCCAGGGACGAAGACCGAGCAGCACAUAGAUCAGCACCUUCUAAUCCAAAAGUAAGGGAGGAAAAAGCUCGAGCUCAAGGUGGUGACAACCAUGCCUGGCAACACGAUAAAUUUUUAGAAGCAGAAUCUGAUGCACAUCCACCUACCAAAAAAAGACGGCCAUUUAGAGAGGAGAAACUUCCUCUGAAGUCUGAGGAUGUAGAUAAUGCUGUUCCUGAACCUAGUAAGUUUGACCAUCCUGCUAGCUCUACUGGUGGUACUGGAAGAUGGGAACACAGAGCUCAUGAUCGUCGCCCUUUGGAAAGAAACGAGCAUGACCGAGGAUAUGUAAAGGAGAGGUCGUUUUCAAACCGAGGACGAGUUGAAAAUACUGGCUUUCCUCCCAGAGGCAGGUUUAAUGGUGCUGAUGAUAAUGGCAAAUUCAGGGGGAGGGAGAAUUUUGGUGGAAGACAAGGGUAUCGUUCAAGUGGUUCCCAGGCUGAGAAGUGGAAGCAUGACUUGUAUGACGAGGCUAAUAGAAGUCCACCCCCUAAAAAGGAGGAAGAUCCGGUAGCGAAGGUGGAAGCAUUACUUUCUUUGUAGAUUGGGCAA